GAUAUUCCCGUUUGUUAAGACGAUAAACCACCACCACCGUUAGUUUAGGUUUGAAGCAAGCAAGUUCCGGGAUGAGUAAACCCAGAUAGUGGCACUGUUUGGGUUAGGUUCGUCCCCAGAUCCCAGAAAUGGCGCUGCUUUCCAGGAUAACAACAUCCUCAUUACUACUAUCCCUAUCCUCCAAACCCAUUUGCAACGCCUUUCUGCUUUCUCGUUCAACCGCCACAACCUGCACAAAACAUCAGAACAAGAAGAAAAAGGAAAACGCCAAAGCAGCGUUGGCGAAGGAGAAGCGCAGAACCCGUUCCGACAAACAGUUCAACCACGACGCAAUAAUCGAGCGUUGCAACAUAAACGACACUGACACCGACACCAAGUUCUCUCACGUUCCUGUGAUGCUGGGCGAAGUCUUGGACGUGUUCUCCUCUACUUUCUUAACCUCCUUCGUCGAUUGCACUCUCGGCGCCGCAGGCCACUCCACCGCCGUGAUCAAGGGGCAUCAAGAGUUGAAGUAUUUCGUGGGGAUGGACGUGGACUCUGUCGCACACGACAUUGCCCAGCCUCGUCUUGAUGCCGUUUUGAACGGUGGUGUCAAAGCGAUUACCGUUUUGAGGAAUUUUAGAGACGUCAAGUCUGUGCUUAGAGAAUUUGAUGAGCUAAAGUUGGGGGUUGACGGCAUCUUAAUGGACUUGGGGAUUUCCUCUAUGCAGGUAGAUGAUCCUGUGAGAGGAUUCAGUGUGCUUGGUGAUGGACCACUUGAUAUGCGGAUGGAUCCUCAGGCAAGUCUUAAAGCAGAAGACAUAUUAAAUUCCUGGCCAGAUUCUGAAGUGGGCCGUAUCCUAAGGGAGUACGGGGAAGAAAGUAAUUGGCGAACUCUGCAAAAGAAAAUUGUCAAUGCCCGAUUACAUGGUGGAUUGCAUUCGACUAGUGACUUGCUCGAUCUUAUUCGGCGCGUGGCUCCUCCAAUGAGAGGUGGACGGCAAGGUUGGAUAAAGACGGCAACCCGGGUGUUUCAAGCUCUGAGAAUCGCUGUUAAUGAUGAACUGAAGACACUUGAGGAUUCUCUCUAUUAUUGUUUUGAUUGCCUUGCACCUGGGGGUAGGCUUGCUGUCAUAUCUUUUCAUAGUCUAGAGGACAGAAUUGUGAAACAGACAUUUCUUAACAUAAUCAAAGGGAGCAAAGAUGUGGAAGAAAGGGAGAGCCUCAACAGUGAUUUGAGGAAGACUAGUGAUGAAAUCAAAGAAAAAGAAGCAUGGAUAAAGCAAGUAAUAUAUGGAUCAAAUGGAACAAUUCUCACUAAAAGACCAAUCACGCCAUCAGGAGAAGAAGAAAAAUUAAACCGGCGAAGUAGAAGUGCAAAGCUCAGGGUUAUUCAGAAGCACUGAAGAUGAUAAAACAUGGCAAAUUGUAGUUUAGUGUAGAGUUUUUAGAAAUACCUGGAUUCAUAAUCUUGUCGGUAACUUGGUUAAUCUUUAUUAAAAAAAUAAAAAGUUGCUAUGUUCACAAGUCCUCUUUAAAAGAGAAAGGUCAAAAGGGACUUGUGCAUACGGUUGCAAAUUACCUGAUGUCUAUUUUAACUAGAAAUUUCUAGCAAAUUACUGUCUAAAGAUUUGGAUUUUAGUAAUUCAUCUGCUUAGGCUUUAAACAUUCAGCAGUUUAUAUGUAGUUGAAGUCCUAAUUUAAUUGUA